AUGUAUUUUUUUGCGGAUAAUAAAUCGAAUCGAGCAGAAUUUAUUCGUAUACCACCGGAUGCUAGUGUUACGAAAGUUAAAGAAUUAAUGCAUGCAAAAUGGUGUAAGGAACGACCAUCACUUGUUAUUUCCGUAACUGGUGGUGCAAAAGCUUAUAAUAUGAAACCCAGAUUAUUGAGAGCAUUUCGACGUGGUCUUCUAAAAGUGACAAGUUCAACAGGUGCUUGGAUUAUUACUGGUGGUAUGAAUACAGGAAUUAUGAAACUUGUUGGUGAAAUUGUUCAAAUAUAUCCUAGUCGUUGUCGUCCAAUUCAUUUAAUCGGUAUUUCUACUUGGGGUUGUAUAGCCGGUGUUCAACAACUCGAUGGUCAUGGAGAAAAUGUGUCUUAUCAUAAACCGGCUAGUGAAGGAAAAGGCGUAGCUCCUCUCGAACCUAAUCACACUGAAUUUAUUUUUAUUGAUGAUGGAAGUGAUCGAAAAUAUGGUCGUGAAAUAUCAUUUCGUGCUCGUCUUGAAAAAGCUAUAUCCGGAGAUUUUUUUGCAUCACUAUCUAAAGUAGCUCCUAAGAUGACCAGGCCAAGUUUAACACCAACACCAACGUCACGCCCAGAGCCAUCAGAUCCAAUACCUGUUGUUCUUCUUGUUGUUGAAGGUGGUCCAAAUACUGUUCGAACAGUUCAUGAAGCCGUCGUUGAAAAUAGCAUACCAGCUGUGUUUUUGGAAGGAACAGGUCGUUGCUGUGAUUUGUUUGCUAAAGCAUUCAAUCUUUACAACGAAUAUCGUCAAGAAUUUGGACUCACCAAAGAAAAUCCACAAUCGAAUAUACCAGCUACUUUAAGACGUUUUGAAGAAUUAAAAAAUAAACUUCGUGAAGCACUUAAGCAAGAACUUUGUGCAAUUAGUGGUGCAGGUGACGGAUCAGAUGAUGGUCGUAGUAAAAAAGCGUCAAAAACUCCAGCGACUGCAGGCGAAGCUGAAAAAAGGAAAGUUGAUACAACUGAUUAUUUUGAAUUAGUUUACGAAUGCAUUCAUACUCAACCAAAUUUUUUAAAUAUUAUCAGUCUUAAUUCACGGAGUUCAGUUGAACCUGAUAUUGAUUUAGCUAUUUUAGAAGCUUUAUUAAAAGCUACAUCAGGUUCUGAUUCAAGAAAAACAAAUGAUCAACGAAAAUAUGAACAAUUUCGUUUAGCUUUGGAAUGGAAUCGUGUUGAUAUUGUAAAAAAGAAAAUUAUGACACAUGAUCGAGAUUGGGAUACUUUAAAAGAUUUAUUUGAAAUAGCACUCAAUAGAAAUCAAACAGAAUUUGUUAAAUUAUUUCUUGAUCAUGAUUUUUCAUUAACUGAUUUAUUUCGAAAUCAUGACAAAUUCCUACUACUUUAUCAAAAUAGCAUGAAAGAACCUCAUCACAGUUUGCCAGAAUCUAAUAAUCCAUUACAAUCAAUCUAUCAACAAGUAAUUCAACCAUUAAUAGGCGAUUUCUUUAAAAUUGAUGUUGCUUCACGAUCACCGAUAUCUUCAUCUCAUACUCGCGUAAAUAUGGACAAUGAUGAUGAUGCACGUUCAUGUUGUUCAAGAUCAUUGGCAAGCCCAAAUAAUGCUACUGGCGCACUCAAUGAUUUUGCUGGAAGUUCACCUUUAGAAAGUAAUUCCAAUUAUUAUUUGGAUAUUGACAAAGAACUUUUUCUUUGGUCUGUAAUAGAAGACAAACGUGAGUUUACUCUGUUAUUUUGGUCUCGUGGCAAAAAUAAAAUCUGUGCUGCAUUAAUUGCUACAUUAAUUUAUAGAAAACGUGCUUCUAAAGAUAAAGAUAAUAGUUAUGAACAAAUUGCUGAUGAAUUCGAAAAUUUAGCUGUACAAAUUCUUGAUGAAUUUUAUCAAGUUAAUUCUCAUACAUGCAUAAAAGCACUUAUACGGCUUAUACCAGCCUAUGGUAAUGUCACAUGGUUACAAUUAGCUGCAGAAGCUGACGCUAAAAAAUUUAUUUCUCAGCGGGCAGUACAAGAAGAUUCAAAUCGUAAAUCAAAUUUAUCACAACGAACUUCACCAACAAAAACAUUGUUUGCGACGGAAAAGGGAACAGAUGGUACUCAAAUGAGAUUAAUGCAUGAUAUUGAAGAUAGGAAUACUGCUCCUGUUCAUUUCGUUGCUGUCGGCUGUUGUGAACAAUUUCUACGUGCCCCAUAUGUUAAAUAUUUAUAUAACUUAUAUCUUCAUGUGGUAUUUUUAUUACUUUUUUCUUAUGUGUUAUUAUGUGAUUUUUUUCCUCUGUACGAAUUUCAAACGGAUGUAUGUGGAUCAACUAAUGAUCCUGAAAAACAAGAUGGUAAUAAUAAUAGUCCAUCGGUAAAAAAUGAUGAAGCUAAAACUAACAUAACAGUUCCAUAUGGAUUUCACAAACAUGAUCGACCAGCUUUUACAGAAUAUAUACUUUUUCUUUGGGUUACGACAUUACUUUGUGAAGAACUUCGACAACUCUUCUCAUUCGAAGCACAUUCGGUUCGUAAAAAAAUAACAGCAUACUUUGAAGUUUUUUGGAAUAAACUAGAUUUUCUGGCUAUAAUGCUUUUUUAUGUUGGUUUUAUAUUUCGAUUUAUACCAUUCACAGAAUGUUUUUGUGCAGCACGUAUUGUUUUAUCGGUUGAUUUAUCACUUUGGUUUAUACGUUUAUUAGAUAUAUUUGCAGCUAUUAAACGACUUGGUCCUAAACUUGUUAUGAUUGGUGAAAUGGUACAUGAUUUGAAAUUUUAUAUGCUUAUGUUAAUUGUAUUUAUUUUGGGAUUUGGUGUAUCAGCUUAUAGUCUUAUUCAUGGUGCGAACAAAUUUACUUGGCAUUUACCACGUGACAUUAUACAUCUUGCUUAUUGGGAAAUAUUUGGAGAAUUAAGUUCAUUAAGUAAAUUUGAAAACAAUUACCGUGCAACUGGUUAUACAAUAUUUGUUUUACUUAUUAUUUAUAUGGCUAUUGUUAGUAUACUUUUGGUUAAUUUACUUAUUGCAAUGUUCAGUAAUACAUUCGAUCGUCUUCAUAAUGAUACAGAUCGAAUAUGGAAAUUUCAACGAUACUCAUUAGUAUGCGAAUAUUUAUCUCGACCAGCAAUACCACCUCCAUUUAUUCUUCUUGCUCAUCUUUGGCGAUUUGUAUUAUAUAUUUCAGCACAUUGUACUAAAUCACAAUGGUUUAAAGCAAAAUAUAAUCAACAUAAAAAUCGAACUAAAUAUCAAAUAAAGCUCGACGAAAAAUCUGCUGCUAAUAUCGAAAUAGUUGAAGAUCAACUUGGUGAUGAAGUUUAUUAUAAUUAUGUGAAAACUGUUAGAAAAUCACCCGAAGAACAUGAGCUUGAUGAAGAACGAGAUCAAACACCACAAGAUAAAAUGUUCAGUAAAAUGGGAACACUUGAAGAUCGAGUACGAAUUAUUAGUAGUCAACAAGCUCAUGUAUUAGAAUAUCUUGAUUGUGUAAUAGACGGUUUGAAAAUGAUUGCUGGUGAUCGUAUUAGAGUGCCUGAACGACGACGUUUAGAUCCAGACGAAUCAUGUAGUAUUUAUAAUUCAUCUAAUUAA